AUGGAAGAAGAAACCGUCCCAGCACAAGCCGGGCCAGCGCAAGAGCCAGCGCAAGUCGAACUAGCGAACUCCGAACUCCCAACGCACACCGAGCCGCCACCGCUCCCCUACUCGCUCCAUACAAGGAAGAAGUCGAUUUUCAUCUUUUGGACCAUUUUCGUGAUCGAUACAUUGGGCCAGCCUCUGAUCUUUUACUGGUGUCUAUGGUAUCUGACGGAUCUAUCCCAUAACGUGGUCUUUUCGAUCGUCACCGCGUCCCUGGGAGGUGUCUCAGUCUUCGAAUACUUUUACCGCCUUUACAAUUUGUUCCGCAAAAGCUCGCGCGCUCGACCCCUGAAUGCCCGCGUGUCAUGGCUGGAUUUUUUUCAAAUCAACUUCACAAUUGUGUGGUUGAUCUUGGCCGUCGAGCUUAUCGUUGGAUCGGUACCUCACGAACCAUAUGUGCGUCUCAUUGCCAUGGUUCUCCCGACCGUCAUGUUCUAUUUCGGCAUCGUCUACCUCUCUCUCGACAUCUUCCGUAUGAUGGGCUUUAAAGCCCCAUUCCGAAUUUCAUCUACUCCCAAGGGCUCCGUCAUGCCGACCGCUCUAUACGCUCUUAUUGAGGAUGUGGUUGCAGUAGACGGUGGUGGUGGACAGAUGUACCGAUACGCCCUUCGAACACGAUAUCUCUCGAGUCCCUAUUUCCGACGAAUGCUUUUCGAAAUGAACUGCUUCUGGAGUGGAGGAUCUAUUGUAUUCGCCGCUGCCAUUACCGCGGUAGUGUUCACAGUCGACGAACCCGUGGCAUUCACACUGGGCUGGUCCCUUCCAUUUGCCUGGGCCAUCGUCUGGACUAUAAUCACAAUCCCUUGGGUACAGAGUGACCUCCGCCGUGAAAAGAGAGCGUGGGCAGAGAAUCGUGGCCAAGGUGGUAUCCCUUGGGUCGACGAUAUCAGCGCACCCACAGCGCGUACCCGCUUCGCAUCUAUGCAAGCGAGCGUUAACCCCUGGGCUCGUGAUAAGCACAGCGCCCCUUCCACACCCUCUGAGGCUCCCGAGAAAGUGCCUGAUGGAGUCAGCAAUGGGACUCCCAAUGGAGCCUCCAAUGCCGGUGCUGAGGUUCCUCACGAUUCGAAUGCGACCCCUCAUGAGCAGACAUUCGGCGGCAUACCAGAUACCGAUCCGGCCAAGGAGGUUUCCCCCGUGUAA